GAUGGCGUCGGUGUUGCUCAUGGUCCCCUCAGCCUGGGCCGCCCGCGGCCUGCUCGGGAGGCUCCGCAACUGCUGGGAAAUUCUGGAAAAAAGCCUUUUAUUCCGCCUCCCAGGCUCUCCUCCAUGCGGCCCAGCAUUAGCAGUGGAGGGUCCAGCUGCAUUUCUUCAGCCUCCAGUCUCUAGUGAGAGUUCUGAGACACCCAGCGUUUUUGACAGCACCUUCUGGAUGGCCGCCCCCAAAAACAGACGCACUAUUGAAGUCAACCGCUGCAGGAGAAGAAACCCCAGAAAUCUUAUCAAGGUUAAGGAUAAUAUAGAAGUUUGUCCCGAAUGUGACCGUCCAAAGCUGAAGCAGGUCCUUUGCGGCUACUGUUAUGAAAAGGUGCGCCAGGAGACGGUCCAGAUCAGGAUGCAGAUCGGGAGAGAAGAAGGAGGGCCUUUUAAGGCUCCCGCUGUAGAGACCGUGGUGCUUUACCAAGGGGAAGAACCUUCUGAACAAGACCAGGGCAAAAGAAUCAUCAAACAAGACAGGAAGCGUCCUUCUUGGUUUGCAAAGAAUUAAUGCCGCUGAUGCCAUCAUAGUAAUAUAAAAAUCCAUCCCCCCACCUGAGAGGAAAGCUUCCCCUCGGAUUUUUGGGUAUUUUUUUUUUCAAGCCUCAUUAAGGGAAGGGAACUUCCCUGUCAGAAAUCCAUUCGCGGUCAUCCUUUGUCCAUUAAUUCUGUUCUUGUGGGGUGACAGUUGAACACUAUCGACACCGUGUAUCUGGAGUCUGUUUCGGAACAUUAAAUCCUAAAUACCGACUGAUGAGCGUGAGGAUAAAGUCAGGAAAUCGGGGGGCAUGAGGGAAUGUCAGACAUGUUCAGAAUGAAAUUUUCCAGCUAAAAGGAGAAUUGGCUGAUUUCCGUGGCAAGUUGUAUAUUAAAACACUUAGAACAGAGGCAGUGACAGUGAAGGAUCUUCAAAAUAAAUACUAAUUUUGUA